AUGGCAUGUCAAUGUUUGAGAGUCGAUCAAUUGGACGCCAAUGUUUUGGACGACGAAAUUCGCAUUUUGACACAAAAUUCGAUUGAUGAAGUUGUCCAAGAGUUGCCUAUUCGAAUUUCGAGAUUUUGUGAGAAGGUGGGUGAAUUUUUGGGGAAUUUUUUGAAUGUCAAUAUGAAAUUUGACUGAAAAUCUGACAUUUUUAGCAAAAAUGAGAAGAUUUCUAGCUCAAAAUUUAGAAAAUUCAUCAAAUUUGUACUCAAAACAUUCUGAAUUUUCUGAAAAUCUCGUAUUCCACCUCAAAAUCCCUCGAUUUUUCCAGAUUCGCCCUGAAAUUCACAUUUUCCUCGACGCAAUUCUAUGGACGAAUCGUCUCAAAUUCAAAGCCUCUCCAGGCCAACAACUAAUGGAUAUUGCCUAUAAAAAUUACGAAAAUCCGCGAAUUUUUUCGCAUUUCGCAAUUUCCACAAUGUUUCCCUAUUUUUUCGCGACGAUUUUUUUGGCGACGCGCGAAUUUUCGCGAAAUUGGAGGCGAUUUUCGAGCUGCUCAAUUUGCUUCAUUUUUUCGCGUUUUUGCGAGUUGGCGGAACUUCGACGAUUUCCGAGACGAUUUUGGGAUUGAGAAAUUGGAAUAAUCAAGAACCCAUGAUUUGUGAGUGAAGAAUUUGGUGGGAAAAUUUUUGAAUUUUUGCUACGUGGAUUUUUGACUCCGAAGCUUCAAUUUAAAAUUUUCCAAUAAAAUUCCCACAGUGACUAGGAGCUGUUAGCUCCCAGGCGUAACGGUCUCCUUUGAAUUGGCAACAGUCUUAUCAAAAUAAUCACAAAAUUCUGUACAAUUUGAUGUUAAUUACAGCACAAAUUAGCAAAAAAUACCUAUUCCCAAUCUCUUUUCCGUUUUUCUCUGCCUUCAAUCUUUCUCUGCGCCCUCUCUCUUUUCAACAGAAAUGUUGACGCUUUUUUGGGACAUUUUCGAAUGAAGAUUUUCGAUCGAAAAUUACAUUAGAAGGAUAUAGGAACGAAAACAGCUUGCGGUGGGACUCGAACCCACCAAAAUGACCACACACAUUGCUUGGCAGUCCAUCCCCUACCCGACUGCGCUAAGGAUGCAGACAUAAAACAAUGCGCGUAUUGUCAAGUUAUGAAAGAAGGAGGCAGAGAAAAGCGGGAGAGGAGUGAAUAUCGGGAGAAAUGUGUUGCAUUGUGGGAUUUUUAGAAAAAGUUGAUUUUUGGCAGAAAAAUUUGAAAAUUCAAAUUUUCUGAUUUGAAAAAUAAAUUUGCCACGUGGAUUUUCGAAAAUUUGAUGAAUUUUUGGUGGGAAAAUAUUUGAAUUUGAAUUUGAUGCCACGUGGCAAAUUCAAAUUCGAAAUUUUUUGAAAAAAAAAAAGUUUGCCACGUGGAUUUUUGAAAAUUUGAAGCUUUUUUGAAUUUGAAAUUUUCUGGUUGUGAAAAUUUUUUCCACGUUGAUUUUUGGUCCGGAAAAGUUCAAAUUUGAAUUUUUUAGAAAAAAAAUUUGCAUUUUUCUCUCCAAAUUUCAUGAAAAUCAUCAAGUUUGGUUUCAAAAUGUGGAGAAUUUUCAGAAAUUCUCGAAUUUCAGCUCAAAAUUCCCCAAAUUUUCAGCCAACAUCAACUACGACACACAAAAUCGCGAACUUCUUUGGCACACUUUCCGCGACGCCUUGCUUCUAAUCCUCCCAAUCGCCCGAUUCCUGCGUCAAAAAAUCAUUGAGCGACGUCAAAAAUUCGCCACGUCAUCAUCCUCCUCCGAAUUUCUAUGUGCCACGUGUCAAAAACCGCCGGUUGCGGCGAUGCGCGGAGCCACGUGCGGACACGUCGCAUGUUAUUAUUGUUGGUGUGCGGCGGGGCGCGUUUGCCCCACGUGUUUGGAGGAGAAUCAGACGACGAGAGAUGUGAGAGACGCAGAGCAGAAGAUGAUGGUGUUUUGGAGGAGUGACACUUAA